UUUUUACCAUUGAAGACAAUGCUAGGACCAAGAUAUGAUGAGCAGGUUGCUGAAGAAAAUCGUUUUCACCCAAGUAUGUUAUCCAACUACUUGAAGAGUCUGAAGGUUAAAAUGGGUUUACUGGUAGACUUGACCAACACCACUAGAUUCUAUGAUAGGAAUGAUAUAGAAAAAGAGGGAAUUAAAUAUAUAAAGCUCCAGUGUAAAGGGCAUGGUGAGUGCCCUACACCUGAGAAUACAGAAACAUUUAUCCGUGUUUGUGAACACUUCAGUGAUAAGAAUCCCUCAGAGCUUAUAGGUGUCCAUUGCACACAUGGUUUCAACAGAACUGGAUUUCUUAUCUGUGCCUUUCUGGUUGAGAAGCUGGACUGGAGUAUUGAGGCUGCUGUGGCUACUUUUGCUCAGGCUAGACCACCAGGUAUUUACAAAGGUGACUAUUUGAAGGAAUUGUUUCGUCGUUACGGAGAUGAAGAUGAUGCACCGUCACCACCGGAGCUACCAGAGUGGUGCUUUGAUGAAGAUGAAGAGGAGGAUGAUGAUAAUGGUAAAAUGGGAGGCCAAGAAACAGAACCUGGGUCAUCAAGCUCUUCCUUUGGCAAGAGGAGAAAAGAACGCCUAAAACUGGGUGCAAUUUUUUUGGAAGGAAUAACAGUUAAAUGUGUGACGCAGGUGACAACACAACCAAAGCUGGGAGGAAUACAGCAAAAAUGUCAGCAGUUCUGUGGAUGGGAAGGGUCUGGAUUCCCUGGAGCACAGCCUGUCUCCAUGGACAAGCAAAAUAUUAAAUUUUUGGAGCAGAAGCCAUACAAAGUUAGCUGGAAAGCAGACGGCACUCGGUACAUGAUGCUGAUUGAUGGAAAGAAUGAAGUUUAUAUGAUUGAUAGAGACAAUUCAAUUUUUCAUGUAUCUAAUCUGGAAUUUCCUUUCCGUAAAGAUCUUCGCACACAUCUAACAAACACUCUUCUGGAUGGGGAAAUGAUCAUCGACAAGGUUAAUGGGCAGGUAGUCCCUCGGUACUUGAUAUAUGACAUUAUUAAGUUUAAUGGACAGCCUGUUGGAGAGUGUGAUUUUAAUGUUCGACUCGCAUGUAUAGAGAAAGAGAUUAUAUUUCCACGUCAUGAAAAGAUGAAGACUGGUCUUAUUGACAAAACACAAGAACCAUUUAGUGUUCGAAACAAACCAUUUUUUGACAUCUACACAUCAAGAAAGCUCCUGGAAGGAAACUUUGCCAGAGAAGUUAGUCAUGAAGUGGAUGGACUGAUAUUUCAGCCUACAGGAAAAUACAAGCCUGGUCGAUGUGAUGAUAUUUUGAAGUGGAAGCCACCCAGCUUGAACUCAGUUGAUUUUCGCCUAAAAAUAACAAGAAUUGGUGGAGAGGGGCUACUCACCCAGAAUGUUGGUCUUCUUUAUGUUGGAAACUUUGACAGACCUUUUGCACAAAUUAAGGUAACAAAAGAACUGAAACAGUAUGACAAUAAAAUUAUAGAGUGCAAGUUUGAGAACAACAGCUGGGUCUUCAUGAGACAGAGAAUAGACAAAAGCUUUCCAAAUGCCUACAGCACUGCCAUGGCUGUUUGCAAUAGCAUCCAGAACCCGGUUACGAAGGAGAUGCUGUUUGAGUUCAUUGACAGAUGUACAGCAGCUUCUCAAGGACAGACACGGAAACACCACCUCGAUCCUGACACUGAACUCAUGCCACCCCCACCACCCAAAAGGCCACGUACCAUAACGUAA